AUGGCAGACAUCCCUAACACUAGUUUUUCCUUUCCAGUGUGUUCCAUGGGAAACAGCACCAGCCGGCUCUACAGCGCACUUGCCAAGACGCUGAGCAGCAGCGCCGUGUCCCAGCACCAGGACUGCCUGGAGGAGCUGGACUCGGCACGGCUGGAUCCUAUAGACCCCAAGGAUUUACUGGAGGAAUGUCAGAUCGUUCUGCAGAAACGUCCACCCAGGUUUCAGAGGGACUUUGUGGACCUGAAGAAAAAUGCAGAUAGUAAUCACCGCCCCAUUCGGGUCAUGCAGUGGAACAUCCUUGCCCAAGCUCUCGGAGAAGGCAAAGACAACUUUGUUCAGUGCCCCAUGGAAGCUCUGAAAUGGGAAGAGAGGAAAUGCCUCAUCCUGGAGGAAAUCCUUGCGUACAAGCCUGACAUCUUGUGCCUGCAAGAAGUCGACCACUACUUUGACACCUUCCAGCCACUCCUCAGCCGACUUGGCUACCAGUGUACUUUCUUCCCAAAGCCAUGGUCCCCGUGCCUAGAUGUGGAACAGAACAAUGGGCCGGAUGGCUGCGCCUUGUUUUUCCUCAAAGACCGCUUUGAGCUCAUCAACAGUGCUAACAUCCGGCUAACCGCCAUGAAGCUGAAAACCAACCAAGUGGCCAUAGCUCAGACGCUGAAGUGCAAUGAAACUGGAAGACUGUUCUGCAUUGCCGUCACUCAUCUGAAAGCUCGUACUGGAUGGGAGAGGUUUCGGUCUGCGCAAGGCUGCGAUCUUCUCCAGAACCUGAAGAGUAUUACCCAAGGUGCGAAAAUCCCUCUGAUCAUCUGCGGAGACUUCAACGCGGAGCCAACUGAGGAGGUCUACAGAGAAUUUUCCAACUCCAGUCUCAACUUAAACAGCGCGUACAAGCUGCUGAGCCCCGACGGGCAGUCAGAGCCCCCGUACACCACGUGGAAGAUCCGGCCCUCAGGAGAGUGCCGGCACACGCUGGAUUAUAUCUGGUAUUCCCAGCAUGCCUUGAAUGUGAACUCAGCCCUUGACCUGCUGACUGAAGAACAAAUUGGGCCCAACAGGCUGCCAUCAUUUAAUUACCCCUCUGAUCACCUCUCUCUGGUGUGUGACUUUAGUUUUAAUCAAGACCCCGACAGACUGCUGUGAUGUGGUGGAAUGCCACCUGGUAUUGCAGUGUCUUAACUCACCACUGCUUUAUUUUAGAAGAAAACUUUUGAAGCCGGAAGCUACGGAAGGAUGAAGAAAUACUGUUGACUAAACAUUAUUUCAGGCACUUGUUUGGAGUUACACUUGCUGUUCAGCGCUUGUUAAUCUGGAGCCCCCAAGGGAGGACGAAAGGAGUCAGUGUUCUCAUUCUGGCGUUCUUGCCAUGUCAGGGUUUGAAACCGGAAGGCAAAUGAGCAUUAUCCUUU